AUGACUCAGUCGAGCGACGAUUGGGUGGGAUCGCGACAGGAGGCACUGGCGUUGAACGCCCGAGAGGCUCAGCUACUGCUGCAGAAGCUACGCUCUGCUGAGGCGGCUCUUCAUGACGAGCGGCAGCUGAGCGGCCGGGAGCGUGAGGUCAUCGUCGAGCGACUGCGGUUUGCCGAGUCUCAGGAUGAGGCUGCCAGGGAGAGGCUGGCACGUGCCUUGUCCUCCCUGCGAACGCGGGCUCGUGAGGGGGCUGCGGAGGCAGCUGCCCAGCACGGCCACACCGAGGACUGCCUGGUCCGAUUGAAGGAGGAAAACGUGAAGCUGCAGGCUUCUCAAGCAAGCUGCCAUGCGCAGCUUCAAGAGCUGCGCGAAGAGUUGGUGAAGUCCCACCGGUCAAAACAGGAGGCUGUAGAGGACAAAAGCAAGCUGUUGGAGGCCUUGACGCAGCUGCGUUCCGAGCGGGCGGAGGAGGCGAAGCAGCUCCGCGUGCAGCAAGAGCAGGGUGCACAGCUGGUGCAGGUCACAGCAGAGCGAGAAAGGCUUGCAGGAGACGCCAAGAAGCUCCAGUCCGAAUGUGAGACGAGGCAGAGAGAGUGUCGCCUGCUCGAGUCCACCCUGGAGUCUCAGCGCAAAGCGGCAAGGUAUUUGGAGGCACAGUCGGAGAAGGAGGUGCGAAUGCUUCGGCACGAGAUGAGCGAGUGCUCCGCCUCAGAUUUGCAGAGGGCUGAAGCCGACGCAAAGGAGAAGGACCGUCUGACCAAAGCCCUGGCCGAAGCCAUGGAACGUCAGCAGGCACCCUCGAAUCUUCUGCAUGAGCUGAAGCGUUGGAACUACCAGGCUCGCGAGCAAGACAGCAUGAGGCAGGACAUUGAGCGAAUCGCGGCCGAGGUGCCUGGGGACAUGCUCCUCAGCGAGCUGCGUGAAGCCCGGACUAGAUGUCGGGUACUCGAGACAGCUCUGGAACGCAGGACAGCUGGGCAGGACGAGGCUCAUGGCCAGCUGACUCAGGACUCUGAUCGUGCUCGCCAUGAGCUUCGGAAGGAGAUGCGCAGCUGGCUGAAAGGCGAAGCGGAUGGCAAGCAUUCCGGCGAACCCAGGCUACAAUCUCCACGGCUCCAGUCUCCGGCCAGGGAAGACCUGGAGCGACGAUGUCAGGACCUCCAGCUUCAACUGGACAGGGCUCUGGAGGAUGCUGCCGCUUCGAGGCAGCGAGUGGCGGAUCUUGAGUGGGACACUCGCGAUGCAACUUCGAGCCUGUGGGGCCAGGGGCGGACACCGCUGCCGAACAGGCAAGCUUCGAUGGAGCUUGAGAGGACGACAGUGUCUUUGGAAGCAGAGGUGAAUGCAGCUUUUGCACAGGCUCAAGCAGCAAAAGCCGCGGAAGAGUCUGCGCUUGCUGCGCUGUCCGAAAGUGAGCGCCGCUGCCACAACGGCCUGCGACGGAUGGACGCGAUGUUGGCAGACACCAAGGAGCUGACCCGCGAGCUGGCGAAGCACAAGCACCUGGCCAAGGGAAUGGAUGACCUGGUGCGUCGUCACGCAGCGCGACCAAGAUCCUCUGCAAGCCACUCCGACCUUUAG